AUGACCCACCUCCACGACCUAACCCUCCUCCCCGCCUCAAACUCCCCCCCCUCCCAGGCAACCCAAACAGCCCUAGCCUACCACUGGUACCGCGGCGUCUCCCUCCUCCACCGCAAACUCUCCAACCCCAUACUCCCCAGCGAGCGCGACGCCCUCUGGCUCGCCGCCGCUUUCAUCAGCGUCGCCGCCUUCGCCAACGUCGCCUCGCUCGCCGCACCCCGCGACGCCUGGCCGCUUAGGCAGGGGUGCCCCUCGGACCUCGACUGGCUGAAGCUGGGCGACGGGAAGAAGCAGGUGUGGAAGAUGACGGAUACCCUACGUGCGCCGAGGGGCGUGUUUGCGGAUGCGGCGAGCGAGUUGUACGCGCACUUGAUGAAGCCCGUCGAGGCGCCGUGUUGUAGCAGCACCAUCUAUGAUGGACCCGAGGAUAAAGGAAAGGCGAUGGACGCAUGGAGUCCGCCCCUCCCAGAAGGCUUCGCAGACCUCUUUGACCUCAUCCAGGACCCAACCCACGCGAACCCGUACUUCACCGCCGCCGCCUCCCUCGCUGCCUGUUGGCGAGUUCCCCCCGCGGUGAUAGCGGACCCGGACUCGAUCGAGCUGAUCAAGCCCUUCAUGGGCUUCAUCAGCAAGCUGGAUCCGCGGUUCCGGCGGCUGCUCGAGGACAAGGACGAGCGGGCAAUGCUGCUGCUGGCGUAUUGGUUCGCGCGGGUGUGCGAUCGGAAGCAUUGGUGGAUGUGGAGGCGGGCCGUGCUGGAGACGAGGGCGAUUUACGAGUGA